GUCCGUCUCCCUCUUGUUCCCUUGCUUGCUCCGACUAAAACCCCAGCAGCAGGCAGGCGGUAACGUUUCAUCUUCGCAUCGUCUGGCAGCGACUCGCUUUGAUUUAGAUGGAUCCUCAGUCGUUUUCUCGGAAAACUCCCAAGAUUAGGCACAGAUGCGUUGCGUGCUACAAGAUGUUCAAUAGACGCCAGCACCUUGUUGAGCACAUGAAGAUUUCGCACCAUUCAGUUCAUCAGCCUCGGUGUGGGGUUUGCCUCAAGCACUGCAAAUCCUUGGAGUCUGUUCGCGAACACCUUAACGAGUCUUCCAUCAAUGCAAUGUCAGUUCCGGACCAUCUAUUCAAAGGAGACUGCAAAGCCAUUUUCUCUAAACGAGGCUGUACCCUUUGUCUUCGAAUCUUUGACGAAGCCACUGCUCUGGCUGAGCAUACAAACAAGUGUCACCUCUCUGCACCUCUUCCUCUUGGACCAGCUAGCCAAGGGAAUGAGGUCAAUGCUUCUAGGACACAUGGUGUAAACACACGUCUCAAGGUCAAGAAGGCUGUGGCAAUUGACUGUGAAAUGGUUGGUGGUGGUGAUGACGGGUCAAUUGAUCUGUGCGCAUCGGUUUGCAUGGUUGACGAAGACGAGAAGGUGAUCCUCUCCACCCACGUCCAACCACAACUCCCUGUCACCGAUUACAGACACGAAGUAACUGGAUUGACCCAAGAUGAUUUGAAGGACGGUAUGCCACUUGAAGUUGUACGAGAAAAAGUUUUAGCAGUCUUGUGCGGUGGACAUAAUGAUGGGGCUGGGAGGCUUCUUCUUGUUGGUCAUGACCUUAGGCAUGAUUUGAAUUGCUUGAAACUCCAAUAUCCUAGCCAUUUGUUGAGAGACACAGCAAAAUACGUGCCACUGAUGAAGACGAAUCUUGUAAGCCAGUCACUUAGGUACCUCACAAGGUCAUAUCUCGGAUACAAGAUCCAAAGCGGGAAGCACGAGCCUUACGAGGACUGUGUAUCUUCGAUGAGGCUGUACAAGAGAAUGCGGGAUCAAGAGCAUGGAAAGGCGGAAGGGAACGGUCUCAACUUGUGGAAACAGAGCGAUCUAGAGAAGAUGAAGCCAGAAGAUCUCUACCACAACUCCAAAUCUGAGUACCGCUGCUGGUGCCUUGACCGCCCUUGAACAUCCAACGUUUUCUCCUCGGAUCUUAACCUUUUGCGUUUUUCUUUUGUUCGGCUUCUAAUUUAAACGACCUUUUUGUAUAAAGUGCUCUCCUCCUAUUUAGUUGCAUGUUCUUUUAUUCGGUAUUAUUAUAGUAUUGUUCGUUCAAACAUAACAAAAAACACUACUACUAUUGUGGUGAGUAGUCUCGUUCAAUCUCUGUAUAAAAAGUAAUUUUCUAUAAUUAAUUGCCUGCCAUA